AAUUAGCGCGCAUGUUAGUGUCGGUAGACAUAUAGAGAUAAACGACAAAAUCACGAGAAAAAGUGUCGACAAAAUUUUGUCGUCGUGCGCAUGCUAGGCCGGCUGGCACCAAAUACUGUGUCGAAGUUUGAAGAUAUAACAUGUAUCCAUGGUUUUAAAUAAGUAAAAAAAAAGUUUGAGGUUAUAUCUAAUGUCAUUACAAAAUCAUGCUGUGUUGUUUAUAAAGUGAAAUGUGGAAAAACUUAAACAUUUAAGUGAACAUUAAUUAAGUUACCAAUAUGGUUGUAAAAGUGGAUAAUACGAUUAAAACACCAAAAUACAGUUUACAUAGAAAAGCUGGUAGAAAUAUUAUUGAACGACGGCCUAUAUUUUCACCGGACGGCGAAUCCCUGGCAGUGAUUGCAGAAAAUGUAGUUCGUGUAUACAACGUUCGCACCGGAGAUCUAGUUAGGACAUUAGAAACACAAAGCAAUGUAGAAGAACUGGUAGCUAUUGAAUUUCCCGAAAACGAGAACUAUGACUUAUAUGGAUGUUCAUCACACGGCUGUGUUACUAUUUGGACAUGGGAAACAGGGGCUGUCAUUAGAGAAGUUAAUCUCCGUAUUCCAUCUAAAACAAAAAUAUUAACAUACAACCUGAUCAACAAUAAUGAAUGCUUCAUCACAGCUGCUGGUGGUCCAACAUUCACUAAAACAUUGCAUGUUGCUGCAUAUUCUGUUAAAACAGGGGACCUGUUACAUGUAUAUGAAAAUUUUGCACUGUGGAAUACAAACUCAUUGGUAAAAGUCUCCCUUGGAUGGUGCAAUGGUGAUAGAUAUGCUGCAAUCAUUAAUGGAACGAAAUUUUUAUACAUUCAAAGUAUACAUCAGCCACAUUUGAUGUCUAUAAUUCAUAAUCAAAACGAUCUUCGGAUAAUAGCAGUAGCCGCGCAUCAUAGUGAAAGUUCUGUAGCUAUCACAGAUACACUUGGCCGUGUCACAAUCAUUAGGGGGAACUUGUAUGACAGACGAACAUUAGCCAGGGAAGUGAUGCAUUGGCAUAGUUUGCCGCCUCUUGCUGUCUGUUUUUCAGUUCAAGGGAGUUACUUAUAUUCUGGCGGAAUGGAGACAGUAUUAGUGAAAUGGACUGUAGGCAGUUUGGCUUUCAAAGCUAACGAGAAGGCUUUUAUACCUCGUCUGCCGGGCCAUAUAAGGUAUAUAACAGCAAACAACAUUCAUGUUGCAAUAACACUAUCUAACAACUCGGUGGUGCUAGCAAACGCACAGAUGCGCGUAACGUGCACUAUAUUGGAGAGUGGGGGCAUGUCUCCAAUGGCUCGUGCCGUCGGCUCAUCUCUCUUAUACCACAAUCAGUUUGAAGCUCUGCUCAUGAACGGACGCACUGGUCAUUUGCAACUGUACUCUACUAAUACCAAUAAAGUUUUGUAUAAUAUUGAUAUAACGGGAAUCAAUCCCAUGCAAGGAGAAAGAUGGAACCUACUUCCCCUCGAUAUGGAGGUGACAUGUGCCACCAUCAGUCUCAAUGGUUAUUGGCUGGUCACUUCUGAGUAUAGAAACGACGGCGUCAUGUACCCUGAAGAGAAACUAAAGUUUUGGUUAACCCAGAGUGGGAGCAAAGAUAUGCCAUUCAAGCUGAACACGUGCGUCAAUCUUUCUCAUGGAGGAUGCAGAGUUGUGUCUUUAGCACUUAACAGUAAGGGUGAUUUUUGCGUAUCAGCAGGCACAGAUCAAAAGUUUAGGAUAUGGAAGCGAGAACAAGCCGGCAGGAAGUCCUCUUGGUCUUGUCACACCGCUUGCUAUUAUUCAUCAGGUAUCACACAAUCAUUAUCACAUGGUGUCCUAAAUAACUACAAAAUGGGUGAGUUAUACAAGGCAGAGGACUUUCAAAAGUCGCCUCAUUUGAGAGAGUUGAAACGGAAUGAUAUAAUUAAGAAAAUAUUGAAUGUUCAUAAAGAACAUUCUUUGAUUGAUGGUGAUAUGAUUUGGUCGGGCAUGACCCGAGAUAAAGAGAAUGAUAUGGGCGGUGUCGCGAUUUCUAAAGACGGUUCGUUGAUUGCUGCGUGGUUUGGUUGCAAGCUCACACUUUGGGACACACACUUGUGUAAUCUACGGACUGCACUGUCUCAUCCCGCGUUACGACCUAAAGGUGUCCAUGUGAAGUUUGGGAAUCAAGACGCAGCGCAUUAUUUGGUGUGCACAACGGAAACUUGUUUGGCAGUUUGGAGUCUAUUAUCUCUAACCGUGAAGUGGCUGGUCCAAAUCAACCCCACAUGUCUGACCAGUGACUGGCUCACUAACAAAAUGGCGGUGGUCACUUCGAAUAAUGACGUGUAUGUGUUUUCUCCACAAAGCUCAAAACCUAGUCUGGUAGAGAAACAGGUCUUAUCCCCAAAAACGGGAGUGUUCAAACAGAUCACAUUCGGCGCACCUUCGGGAAAUGACGUCAGACUAUAUCUACUCAGAAAUGACGCCGAAAUCUACUGCAUAGAGCCAGAGCAAACUGAAGAAGGCAAGUUGGAAGUGAUAUCGGAGCGCAAGUCGGUGUCGUCCAAGUUCAGCGCGCUGGUGGCGGAGCAGCACGCGUCGGCCGUGCGCGCCGCCGCGCCCGGACACACCGACACGCCCGACCUACACGCACUCACCAACGCCGCCAAGGCACAGAUCUCGCAAGCCGCGCCACACAUGGUUCCCUCGGUGAGUCUACUCUGUACGUCGUUCUUGCAAGAACUAUCUGGACACCAACAGACCGCAGAAGACAACGAAUCGGAAACAGAUGACAAAAUGGAAGUGGAUUCUAGUGACGAUGAAGAUGCUGAUAUUGAAAAAUUAAAUGGACCUUACCCUCCAAAAGCAACCGAUCUAUGGACUCCAAAUUAUGAAGCAGUAAAGGAAAAGAAACUGAACAAAAUCAUGCAUGAACCGUUCCUAGAUUUACAUUCAACUAGUUCGUUGUUUGGAGUGUAAAAUUAUUUUUGUAAAAAAUAAAUAUGACUAAUAUUUUUAACUGUU